AUGGGUGACAAACCCGCUGGGGGGACUUCCCCGUCACCCGUCCCCAUUAGGGAAAAUACCCCCGUCACCCGCCCCCAUCACCCGUCGCGGAGUGAAGCUGCUGCAAAUGCGAAAGUGAUAGUGGGGAACAUUAACAUAUCAGAGGUGGAAGACGCAGCCUACCUUCGGAUAUAUUACGGUCAGACCUUCAAAGUCAUCAAGAAUGGCUUUGAUGGCAACAGUUAUCUUCUUAUUCAGAAUAACUCGAAGAUGGCAGCCAAAACAAAAUACUGCACUUCAAGGAUUAAAUCAUUCCUCAUUCCUUUAGCCAACUAUUCAAUUGACUCUGAUUAUUUUCCAGUUUCAUUCUUUGAGCUACUCGGAUUGCUCGGGAGUUUGAAGGGUAUGACCUCAGAGUAUGUGGCUUCACAAUGUGUCCUCAAACUGUACACUGAAGGACAAAUACAGUUGAUCAACAAAACCGAGCCGCAACAGCUCACUCGAUUUUCUGCUCAUUUUAUUGUGAAUACUGACCAGCCACAGUCCUGCAAUUUCGCCACAUUUCUCCCGAUUGGCGAGGAGGCUCCUCUUCAGCGAGCCGAGUGGAUAAAGUUCCUCGGAGUUUUUGCAAAUCUUGAAACGAGAGCGAAUCAAGUCUACAGUGCAAUUAAGCAGAACUACAUGUGCCUUAGUAAAGCCGCAACUAACAAGAAAGCAUCGUUCAAGCCGAUAGUAGCUUGGAUGGCUUAUAAUGAUGGCGUCUGGUCUUUCACGAAAGAGCCAUACAAGUUAAAGUAUGUCGAGGAUUCGGGUGGGGAAAAUAUAGACAACUCGAUCAACAAAGUCACGUAUAACAUCUCUGUACCGGAUGACUUGGAUGCAUUUCAUGCCAUUCUAUGUACUGUUGAUGUGGUGAUUGACGAGACAUAUAUGCCCGACCCAACUGCCUAUAAUGCGUCGACCUUCCUUCAAUACUUGAAUUUGGAAGAUCAAUCUUGCUUUGCUUUCAUGGCAAAGCAAAGCUUGUGGAGAUAUGACAAAAGAAUUUCAAAUUCUAACAUUCUUGAUUGGUACGAUGGAGCAGUUUCUCAGCCUCAUUUGGUUCUCGCGGAUCUUAUCGAAGCUUUGUUUCCAUCCGGAAAUUACAAGACGACAUAUUUAAGAAAUAUUGCAAAGGGAGAAGGAGUUGAGAGCAUCGGACCUGAAAUGUGUGAAAGGGACGGCUCAGUUCCGAUGGAGCCGUUGACUGUCGCUUGCCAAUAG